UGGAUCAAAGAUAUUUAAUGUGUACGAAUUGAUAUCGAGGGAAAAUAGAUUAUGGGUGUCUGAAAAGAGUGAAAUGCUUGUCGGCUGACACGUGUUAUGUUGUGAAAAGGAGUCAGGGAUAGCACCUUUGGGCUUCCCUAAACAACACAAGUCCUUCAAUGCGAAAAAAGUGCUGCAGAUGAAUGGUUGAUUUUGGGUCUCAGAGACAAAUUUUGCUUCUUUGUGGCAUUUCUAUUGCUUGCUUCUCGUUUAAGUACUAGCAAGUGCAAUUAAUAGAGUAUAGAAAGGAGAAAGAGAGAGAGACUUCUACAGUGGAAUUAUUUGGAGUUAUUUAGGUAGAAAUAUAUAUCUUUAUCUUCUUCGGUUGAGGGAAUAGCCUGGUCUAGAGUAGUCUAUCAGGUGGGUACUGGAUCUGGAAUUGAUUGCACAUACCCAAUUGAGAAAUAAUUGUGGGUUUAAGUUCUAUACUUUGAAUUAGAGGCUGCUCAGUGUUAGAAAUGGAUGGAAGUAGGGGUAGCUGGAGAGAAGGAAGGUUGUGGCUAGGAGGAAAUAUGGAGUCAGAUUAUGUUUUAAGAUACCACAGACAUGAGUUGCAGGGAAAUCAGUGCACGUCUCAACUUGUAAAACAUAUCAAGGCUCCUGUACAUCUGGUAUGGUCCAUAGUCAGAACAUUUGACCAACCCCAAAAGUAUAAGCCCUUUGUUCAUAGUUGCACAAUGAGGGGUGAUAUCAGAGUAGGAAGCAUAAGGAAUGUGAACGUCAAAACUGGUCUACCAGCAACAGCUAGUGAAGAGAGAUUAGAAAUCUUGGAUGACAAUGAACAUAUUUUGAGCGUCAAAAUUCUUGGUGGUGAUCAUCGGCUGAAGAAUUACUCUUCAACAGUGACAGUUCAUCCAGAGAUGAUAGAUGGGAGGCCAGGCACUAUGGUAAUUGAAUCAUAUGUGGUUGAUGUUCCAGAUGGAAACACCAAGGAAGAAACCUGUUACUUUGUAGAAGCAUUAGUCAAAUGCAAUCUCAAGUCCCUUGCGGAUGUGGCAGAAAAAUUGGCAUCACAGCACCACACAGAACUUCUGGAGAGAGCAUAGUCUGAGGCGGGACCAUAUACCCAAACUAUUUUUCCACACCAUUGUGAAAACCUGCAUCUUGGGCCUAGCUGGAUGUGUUUUGGAGGCAGAAAGCUUUGAAGUUCUACUUCCCAUAUUUCUAUUUCUAUUUGAAAAAGACUAGUGUUACUCUCUCUUGUAAGAAUUUUGUGGGGUCAAAGGGUGUUCUAUGUUUUUCCCCGAACACAGCCUAGAAGUGGGUAUAAUGAAUUUGACAUGGCCUAUAGAGGAGAUAUACAUACUAAGAAAGGUUCUCAUGUUGCUUCCUACUUUUGCCUACCAGGGAAACCUGUUACUCUUGUGGUCCGGAAUGGAGCCUUGGGCUCCUGUGGCUUUGUGUGCAUGUCAUAUUGAAUGUCUAUAAACUGUAAUUUAUAUGUUUGAGAGUCCGAAAACCUGCAGAAAUUCUUAUUUUCCAUUUCCUUGGAAACCAUCAUACAUAUAUGAUCUAUAUGGUAGUGGUGUAAUCUUUUUUCUUUUCA